GGGGGCAGGAGGAGGAAUUUGGCCCUGCUGAGGAACAGGCUGUACAUGGGGGAGAGGAGGAGGACGGAGCCCGUGGUGGAGAGCACUGCUGGUGGGGACCACGGCACCCUGAGGAGGAGCCAGUCCGACAGGACAGAGUACGGCCAGAAGCUGCAAGAAAAAAUGGCCCCGCAGGCGGGGACCCCGACCCCUGCCACUUCGCCGCAGGAGGAUGAAGAACAAGUCAGCAGACGCAUGAUGGCCAGGAGGGUGAAGAUCAUCACAGAGCUCAUGCAGACAGAGAAGGACUACAUCAGCGACCUGGAUCUCUGCAUCAAGGAAGUGAUUCAGCCCCUGAGAAACAAGCAGAUUGCUGGCUUUGACGUGGAUGGCUUGUUUAGCAACAUUGAAUUGGUCCGUCAAGUAUCAGCCAAACUGCUGUCAUUGCUGGAAGAAGCCACGACAGAUGUGGAACCACCCAUGCAAAUAAUCGGGGAAGUGUUCUUGCAGAUUAAAGGCCCACUAGAAGACACAUAUAAAAUCUACUGCUGUCACCACGAGGAUGCACACGCCAUGCUGGAAUCCUGUGAAAAGGAUGAAGAACUGAAGCAGCAUUUAAGACAGUGUGUACAGUCCUUAAAAAAGAUAUACGAGGAAGAGUGAGUACUAUGCCUUUCUUACAUGUUAUCUUUAAAAUGUCUUUAUCUUCAGUAUGCUUAACACUGUACACGUGGAAGUUUUAAGAACACAAGCCUAUUGUGUCUGUAUAGCCCACAGAUUUUUCCAGGACACAUGUGAUAAAGACCCUCAGUUUUCAUUUC